UUAAAAUUUGAAUUGUGUUCAUCAAUGGCUUCCAUUUCUGGAACACACCCUCUUAGACCAUCCUCUCUAAGCCCUAACCCUAAACCCACCAAAAAGAAAACUUCCUCUUCCUCCUCUUCUUCUCGUCCUUCUACAUCAUCCAUCACUAUUCCUCUACAACCUUCCUCAAACUUACUCCCUUCCUCUAAAUCGGAGUUUUCAAGGCUCAUCGCCGUCGUCGUUGUAGCCUCCGCCGUCGCAUUUUCCUGCAAUUAUGUUUUCACUUAUCUCAGUCGCCAACCCAAACCUUUCUGCGAUAGCAAUUUCGAUUUCGAUGACUCCCUCUCCGACUUCUGUGAGCCUUGUCCACUUAAUGGAGUAUGUCAAGAAGGCAAAUUAGAGUGUGCUCAUGGCUACCGGAGGCUUGGGAACUUAUGUGUUGAAGAUUCAAAUAUAAAUGAAGCAGCUAAAAAGCUUUCGAUGUUAGUAGAAAGUCUUCUUUGUGAAGAAUAUGCUCAAUAUUCAUGCACGGGUACUGGCACAAUUUGGGUUCAAGGUAACCAAUUGUGGGAAAAAGUGAAUGAAUCUGAAAUAAUGGAUGAGUAUGGCUUGAACGAGGCUGUUUAUGCUCAUGCCAUGAAAAGAGCCAUGGAGGCACUUCACAAGGUUUUAGAGACAAGACUGAAUGAUCAUGGAAUUGAAGAGUUGAAAUGUCCAGCUUGGCUGGUCCUACAUUAUACACCAGUUUCCUGUCGCAUCCAGCAGUGGAUCCUUGAGCAUGCUUUGUUGUUAGUUCCAGCUUGUGCAUUGCUCCUGGGAUGCGUUUUCACAUUGUUAAAACUCCGUCAAAGGUACUACUUGUCAGUUAAAGCUGAACAGAUCUAUAAUGAGGUUUGUGAAGUACUUGAAGAGAAGGCAGUGAGUGCAAUGAGUAUGACUGGUAAGCAUGAACCUUGGGUGGUGGCAUCACUGUUACGGGAUCAUCUUCUUUCACCCAAGGAAAGAAAGGAUCCAAUGUUAUGGAAAAAGGUUGAACAACUAGUACAAGAAGAUUCUCGUGUAGAGAGAUACCCCAAGAUGGUCAAGGGUGAAUGUAAGGUGGUCUGGGAAUGGCAAGUUGAGGGUUCUUUAAGCUCUUCGAGCAAGAGGGAGAAAGCCAAGGAAAGCAGGCUAGCAUCAGGUCAACAUGCAGAUGUCUCUACUCAGCAAAGAAAAUGGCCAUGGAAGGUCAAGGAGCUUGUGAAAUGCUGAGCUUUUAACCUACACUCUUGUCCGCGUAUUAUAGAUUGUUGUAUAGUGUCAUGCCCUUAGGUACGUGAUACAUGUCUCAGAAUAGCUUUGUAAAAUCUAAUUAUUUGUCUGGCGUUAAGCACGUUCGUUUGCAACAAAAUACAACAAUUUUGGCUAUAUCAAAAUUCAUAUGGAAGAUUCAUGGUCCUCUAAAUGUAUC